CACGGAUAUCAGGCCUGCCCGCCCGCAUCUCCUCAAGUCUUUUACUUCAAUGUACCUCGUCCAUCAACCCCACGAACUCCCUCCCUCGUCUCUGCCCGACUUCGCGACUGCUGCUGCAACAUACACAGACGGGCACGCGCGCGCGCACACACACGCAAAGGCACACACACACACACGCACGCACGCACGCAUACCUUACGACAGGCAUCGCCAUCGUCUCCCGUGCACCGUCGCACCACGGCUCGCAUACCGCACGCAACAAGGUCGACAGACACGCUGGGCCGGAGACCUGCGGCGCCCCGUUCACGACGGGCAACCAACAGCCACUAGUCGCCUCAUCAGGUGGCCUUUGCUUUCCACCCCCAAGGCAAGGCCACUCGCAGCCCGCCUACACAUCGAGGCUCAUUUUUACGCCCCUUCUGGACCAACUCAGACUGCCUUCGGCCCCGACCGUCCGCUUGACAGUCUCUGGGUCCGCCCUCUUUUCCCCGGUUGCGUCUCGCCGCCCCGCCGUCCAACAUCUUCCUCCGUCGGCACCAUCCAGACUCAACGUCCGCGCCCCUCGUGUCGUUUCGGCAUGGUACGCCUCGCGUCUGAGUAGGCACAAAACGCAUGCCGCCGUGUGUGGAGAAACCCCGGCAGUUUGCUCGAAUGCUCCGUGCUUCGACGCCGCCGCCCGGGGAGCGAGCGCCGCCCGCCAUGCAACGCCCAUCUCACAUCGACGUCGGCGCCUGGGGAGCCGCUGGUCAGACCCCGAAGAGCGAUGACCCCGAGAUCUCUCUCGCAGCGCCCUCACAUAAUCCUGCCCUUGACGUCGCCGCGGUCAGAAGCCGCCUCGGCCCCUUCUCCCAGGACAAGGGCGACACGAAUGGCGAACCCUUCUCCCGACCAGCCCUGCGCGCGACGCUUGAAAUCCCCGACAGCGAUCGGAUUGGCGUCAAGCACGUCGUACCGCUAGAUAUGCCACGACAUCCGCAACCACAGCAGCAGCAACCGCUGGCGGCGCCACCAGACGGCCACGUACCACAAGACGAUGGGGCGGUCGACAAGCAGCCACACGAGGCGAAUGGGACCCACGCCCUGCGUCCGGAGACGAGCGAGUUGAAUUGUCGGCAAGAGAUGCAACUGCCGUCAGAGCCAGCCCCCCUGCCGCGUAUAGGCUCUGACGCGCUCGAAACCCGGGAGGAAGGUUCAGGAGCCUCGCACUGCGAGAUCCGGCCAUGUCCUCCGGAGGGUCGCACGGCGCUGGAACAAGAUGCUGCCGACGAGGCCUCUUCCUCCUGCCGACCGAGAUCCCCUGGCCCCACUGAAGAGAGCAGCGCCGCCGGGAGGAGGCCGGAGUCGUUGCUCCUCUCUCCGCUGACAUACCCCAACGGCCAGUCAAUGUUCCCGUCUAUGUCGACCUCUGAGCAGGAGGAGAUGGCCCGAGAAGCAUUGUCUCAGGCAGAGGCCUCUAUCGUGGCCGAGAGCCUCGACGCGUCCUCGAUACCGGACGACGGCACGGAUGGCGGCUACGACAGCGAUGGAUUCAGCUCGGGCAGCACGUCGGCGGAGUCGUCGGUGCGGGACUACAUGUUCGAAAACGGACGGCGGUACCAUCGCUUUCGCGAAGGCACGUACAACUUUCCGAAUGACGACGUGGAGCAGGAGAGGGAGGACAUGAAGCAUGCCAUGGUCAAGCUGCUGUGCAGUCAAAAGCUCCACUUUGCGCCGAUAGGUGACUAUCCGCAGGAGGUGCUCGACAUAGGCACUGGGACCGGCAUUUGGGCCAUUGAGAUGGGCGACCAGUUCCCGAGCGCGCAUGUGCUUGGCAUUGAUCUGUCACCCAUCCAGCCAGACUGGCUGCCGCCCAACGUGAGAUUUCUCGUGGACGAUGUCGAGUCCCCGUGGCUGCACCCGCGCAACCAUUUCGACUACAUACACUCCCGACACACCGUCAUGGCCAUAAAGGACUGGACGAGGAUGUUUCGCCGGGCCUUCGAGCAUCUCAAGCCGGGGGGCUGGAUAGAGCUCCAGGAGGUGCACCACUGCCCCAAGACGGCCAAGCCCGGCGGCAUGGUAGAUACUAGGCACGCCGUGGUGCAGUUCUGGGCGCGAGUCACGGAGGGCCUCAACACGCUAGGCGUCAAUCUGGACAUGGCCGCGAGCGGGCUGCUGUCGAGCAUGAUGCGCGAGGUAGGGUUCGUUAACGUGACGGAGCGGAUAUUUCACGUGCCCAUUGGGACGUGGCCCAAAAACAAGGUGCUCAAGACGGUGGGGCUCUACUGGCGGACGAUCCUGCUCGACGGGAUUCAGGCCAUCGCGCUGGGGCCACUAACACGGGGGCUACACUGGGAACGCGAGCAGGUCGAGCUCUUCCUCAUGGACGUGCGGCGGGGGUACCAGGACAAUUCGGCGCUCAUGUACAUGCCGCUGCACAUUGUCUACGGACAGAAGCCAGAGUACGCCAUGUGAUGGGCAUGUGGGCGGGCAUAUUUGAGGGCUGGGUGAGUGCGGCGAGAGAGUUAUAGGGGUGGUCCGGUGACGGCUUACGGACGGGGGAUAAAUCCAUGGCAUCUGCGCAGUGGCGGGCGCCAGGCGUUGACGGAUACUUUGAAAAAGAUAGACUCUUGGUACGCGGGUGCCACGAUGUCUUUUGUAUGCACGUAGAUAUGACAGUUCACCUGCACGGCAGGGGCGAACCAGGGGAGGCUUGCUUACCGGGCGCCUUCAACUUGGGCGCCUCGCAUGAGCGGCCUGGCAUGACAUGGCUGCCUGUCCAUCGGCGAAAGCCACAGUGGGCGCCGAAAAUCGACAAUUGGGGUGAUGCCGGUGCACGCGGGCAAUUGAUCAAUCAAUAUACACGUUGCUUUUU